CAGUGAUAACUGAUAACAUUUUAUCUAAGGUACCGUAACUCUAUCAAUAGAUAGGUAAAAUGUGUUUAAAGAACAACAAUAUUUAAAAGCAUAAGUGUUAUAUGGGGUACACAUAUAGUUGCAUACAACAACUAUACUCCCAUAUUAACCUUUUAUAUUAUAAAUUAAAUACUUUAUAUUAACCGUUAUAUUUAAAAAUGAAAAUUACUUUAUAUGACAAUUGCAUACCACCGUAUAAUGAAUUCUUUUGUCAAAUUUACGUAAAAAAAAAAGAAACAAAAAAGAAUCAAACUUCUUUGUAAACAAUUAGUAUAAAUCCGACCGCGAUACAAUAUCAUAUAGAAUAUCGAACGCGAGUGAGAAAUAAAAUAUAGAGCAAAAAUGACUAAACUAAAAUAUCUUUUGCGCACUUUCCACCUAAGCUAUACAACUAUGGCAGCGGCUCAUACAAGUAAAUUAGUUGCUUUUAAUGAAUCAAGACGCUUUAUGAUUGAUUGUUUUAUGGCUGCGAAAGUACCAAAAGAUCAUGCUGAAGCACAAGCUGAUUUACUUAUUAAUGCUGAUUAUCGUGGACAUUUUAGUCAUGGAAUGAAUCGUCUUGAAAUGUAUAUUAAUGAUUUAUUAAUUAAUUCAACGGAUGGUGCUAUUAAACCAAAAAUUAUUAAAGAAGGUAGUUCAACAGCAUGGGUUGAUGGACAAAAUGGUUUGGGUGCUGUAGUUGGAAAUUUUUGUAUGGAUCUUGCUAUUAAAAAAGCUAAAGAACAUGGAGUUGGUUGGGUAUGUGCAAAACGUUCAAAUCAUUAUGGUAUGGCAGGAUGGUAUGCUAUACAAGCAAUGGAACAAGGUUUAAUUGGUAUAUCAAUGACGAAUACAUCACCAUUAGUAGUUGCGACACGUAGUAAACAAGCUGUAUUAGGUACAAAUCCUUUAGCAUGUGCUGCACCAGCCAAAAAUGAUAAAUUUAUUUUGGAUAUGGCUACAUCAGCGGUGGCUGUUGGUAAAAUUGAAAUUCAAAGACGUAAAGGUGAACCAUUACCACAGGGAUGGGCACAAGAUCCAGAAGGAGAUAUUACAAAUGAUCCAGAACUAGCAUUUAAAACUGGUUGUUUAUUACCUCUAGGAGGUGCUGAAAUAACAUCAGGAUACAAAGGUUAUGGUUUAUCAGCUAUGGUAGAUAUUUUAUCAGGUGUAUCCUCAGGUGCUUUAUACUCUACACAAGUCCGAAAAUGGACUCAUGCUGGUGCAAAUAGCGAAGCAAAUUUAGGUCAAGUUUUUAUUGCUGUCGACCCAAAUUCUUUUGCUCCAGAUUUUGAAGAAAGAAUGACUGAUUUUAAUUCACGUUUAAGAAACGCUACACCCACCGAUCCUAAUAAAAAAGUUUUGCUUGCAGGAGAUAAAGAGGACUUAGCAAUGAAAGCUGUUGAUAAAGCUGGUGGAAUUCAAUAUGUUCAAAAUCAAUUGGAAUCAUGCGAUAGAUUGGCAAAAAAGUUAAACAUUAAACCUCUACAAUUUUUAAAUUGAUUGCAUUUUAAAAUUUUUAAUAAUAAAUAUUGUUCUUAAAUUUUACAUGUUAAAAUGUAAGUCUUGUUGAAAGCUGUUAUUUUUUUUAUAAUAUUAUAAUGUACUAAAUAAAAAUGUUAUGAAGUUAUGAAAAAAAAU